AAAGUAAUCUUUAUAUUAGAAUCUGCCGAAUUUUCCGCUGCCGGUGUCCGGCAAGAAUAUCCGUUUCCUCUUUUAGCUUCAUGGGCGAAUUAGCAGAAGCCUCGCAACAUUGCCGCGUAUGCCAUAAAGGCGUCUGCUCUUCUGGACAGAUGUCGACUGCCCUCAGGCCUUCAAUCGGGCUCGAUGGCUCGAUGGCAGUGAGCGUGUGGAGUUGGCCUACAAGCUGACAGGAGUCGCGACGCUGGCCCUGGACCAACAGUCCGAUAUGAUCUACUAUGCCAUAGCAAGCGAAUCGAUGUGAUAGACAUCAAUGGAAAGAACAAGAAAAACCUUGUUUCCUUGCACAUCUCGCAUGUGAUCAACAUUGGCGCCUUGGGGGGAUUUGUGUACUGGCUGGACGACAAGACCGGAGUCGAGCGGAUCACUGUCAACGGAGAUCGUCGUUCCGCGAAGCUGCAACGUCUGUCGCAGUUCACCGGCAUCCGGGACGUGUGGACACCGAAAGCGAAAGUGCUUGCUGUUUCAACAUCUGCACCUCAGUUCAGCUUACAUUCAAGCGAGGGCAGCGAGAAGGCUCUGGUCUGCGAUGGUACCACCAACUGUGACCAUGUCCACGUUGAUGCCGACUGCUGCAAGCGGCCAGGAGACUUUCAGUGUCUCAUCAACACGCUUUGCAUAUCGGCCAAGCAGAUAUGUAUCAAGUCAGCCCAAGCCCAAAACUGUUAAUCUCCUUGAUGACAGUCCACCAUUGACUCCCAUUCCAACGCAGACUCCGCUCAAUGAUGCGACCAAUGAUCUGUCUAGGCCCAUCUUUAAUGCCAGGCCGUCGUCUUUAAGUGCCAAGCCGAGUCAAAAUCCUCCCAAAAAGCCUGCGAAACCUUUGAAAAAGUCUCUCUUUGAUGAUGAUCUGGAAGAUGACUAUCUAAGCUGCUUCUUGUCCAAGCCAAAGCCACCAGAACAAAAACCUAAAUCCUCCCUAUUCGAUGACGAUGAUUUGGAUUUAGAUUUCAAAUACAUCUUUGACAAGGUAUCUUCAUAUAAAAUAAACGAAAUAGCGUAUACAAAUGGCCAUACUCCGGUUGACAAGCCACAAGUCUUAAAAUACCAGCAACAUUGACUUGACACACUGCGACUGAUUUUUUGGUGAACUUAUUUGUUUAAGCCUUGUUUUAUUAAAAAUACAAUA